GACUAUCCAUCUUUGUUCAGGAACAGUAGGUUUGAUUGCUGACCUGAGAAAGAUGCUUCUGUGGCUUUUUCUGGUAUUGUCCAGCCCAGCUUCCUCCACGGAUCCAGAAACUGACUCGUCAUCGGUGGAAAUUUGCAAUGUUUGCUCCUGUGUCUCGGUGGAGAAUGUACUUUAUGUCAACUGUGAAAAGGUGGCAGUCUACAGACCGAACCAGCUGAAACCACCUUGGUCUCAUUUCUAUCACCUCAAUUUUCAGAAUAACCUCCUGAUUAUCCUGUAUCCAAACACGUUCCUUAAUUUUAGCCAUGCAGUGUCCCUUCAGCUGGGAAAUAAUAAACUACAGAACAUUGAGGGAGGAGCAUUUCUGGGUCUCAGUGCAUUAAAACAGUUGCACUUGAACAACAAUGAAUUAAAGGUUCUCCGAGCUGACACUUUCCUUGGCAUUGAGAACUUGGAGUAUCUCCAAGCUGACUACAAUUUAAUCAAAUAUAUCGAGCGGGGAGCCUUCAAUAAGUUGCACAAGCUAAAAGUCCUCAUUCUUAAUGACAACCUGAUUUCUCUCCUACCUGAUAAUAUUUUCCGUUUUGCUUCUCUCACCCACUUGGAUAUCCGUGGGAAUCGCAUACAGAAACUGCCCUACAUUGGCGUUCUGGAGCACAUUGGACGCAUUGUGGAAUUGCAACUGGAGGACAACCCAUGGAAUUGUACCUGUGACCUUCUGCCUUUGAAGGCAUGGCUGGAGAACAUGCCCUAUAGCAUCUACAUUGGAGAAGCCAUUUGUGAGACCCCCAGCGAUCUGUAUGGGAGGCUUUUGAAAGAAACCAACAAGCAAGAACUUUGCGCCAUGGGAACAGGGAGCGAUUUUGACGUCCGGAUCCUGCCCCCUUCCCAGCUGGAGCCUGGUUUCAGCACACCCAACGGACACACGACGCAAACCUCGAUGCACCGAUUGGUUACCAAGCCUCCCAAAACGACCAACCCUUCUAAAAUCUCAGGCAUUGUAGCUGGAAAGCCCUUCCCAAGGGGCAACCUUAGUCAAAUUGUGUCUUUUCAGACCAGGGUGCCCCCUCUGACCCCUUGCCCGCACCCCUGUGUUUGCAAAACCCACCCUUCAGACUUGGGAUUAAGCAUCAACUGCCAAGAGAAGAACAUCCAGUCCCUAGCUGAACUGGUCCCUAAGCCCUUGAAUGCCAAGAAGUUGCACGUUAAUGGCAAUUAUAUCAAGAAUGUGGAGAGAUCUGACUUUGCGGAGCUUGAAGGGCUGGAUUUGCUCCAUCUGGGCAGCAAUCAGAUCGUAGCCAUCCAAGGGGAGGUUUUCCACAACCUGACCAAUUUACGGAGAUUGUAUCUCAACGGCAAUCAGAUUGAGCGUCUCAGCCCUGAAAUGUUUGCCGGACUGCACAACCUUCAGUACCUGUACUUGGAAUACAAUGUCAUUAAAGAGAUUUUAGCAGGCACUUUUGAUCUGAUGCCUAACCUGCAGCUCCUGUACUUGAACAACAACUUGCUGCGAAGUCUGCCGGCCUAUAUCUUUGCCCGGGCUCCCCUCGCUCGGCUGAACCUGCGCAACAAUCAUUUCAUGUACCUGCCUGUAAGUGGCGUGCUGGACCACCUGAAAUCUCUGACCCAAAUCGAUCUGGAAGGGAACCCGUGGGACUGCACCUGCGACUUGGUGGCUCUGAAACUGUGGCUGGAAAAACUCAACGAAGGCAUCGUGGUGAAGGAAUUAAAGUGUGAGACCCCCGUGCAGUUUGCUAACAUUGAGCUGAAGGCUCUCAAAAACGAGAUCCUGUGUCCCAAGCUCCUCAAAUCUGCUUUUUUCACCAGCCCAGCACCUGUACUCACAUUCACCACCCCUUUGGGUCCUGUCCGCAGUCCUCCUGGUGGUCCAGUGCCCCUCUCCAUCCUCAUCUUAAGCAUCUUGGUGGUCCUGAUUCUGACCGUCUUCGUCGCUUUCUGCCUUCUCGUCUUCGUGCUCCGCCGCAACAAGAAACCCUCCACGAGGCACGAAGGGCUGGGCAACCCUGAAUGCAGUUCGAUGCAGCUGCAGUUACGGAAGCACGACCACAUUUCCAGCAAAAAGGACACCCUGGGGGCCGAGGCGUUCAUCCCUCAAACAAUUGAGCACAUGAGCAAAAGACAUUCGUGUGGCCUGAAAGAGGCAGAAACUGGUUUCAUGUUUGCUGAGCCGGCAGGCCAGAAAAUCAUCUUGAGAAACAACAGUGACAAAGAUAAAGAUUUAUUGCACACGGAUACCCGAAAAAGACUUAGCACCAUUGAUGAAUUGGAUGAGUUAUUGCCAGGGCGGGAUUCGAACGUAUUUAUUCAGAAUUUUCUGGAAAAUAAAAAGGAGUACAACAGUAUAGGGGUCAGUGGCUUUGAAAUACGGUAUCCGGAGAAACAGCCAGACCGGAAAAACAAAUCUUUAAUAGGGGGUAAUCACAGUAAGAUAGUGGUUGAGCAAAGAAAAAGUGAAUAUUUUGAACUGAAAGCUAAACUUCAGGGCUCGCCAGAUUAUUUGCAAGUCCUGGAAGAGCAAACGGCUUUGAAUAAAUUCUAG